AUGUCCUCAACCAAUACCGAAGAACGCCUCCGCAAACUCUGGCAAGACAAGCAGCGCCAAGAGCACGCAAAGAUGCGUCUCUGCGACGACCUGCAGCGCGAGGCCGUGACAUACAACAACAAAGCCCUCCACUAUCGGCAAGAGCGAGACUUCUUCCAAUCAGUUCGAAAUGGCGUCCGUAGGCAGGAGGCUCAACUUUCGCUUGAACAAUGGUCAGCGCAUGCGGUGGGCAAACACUACGACCUAGAAAAGCAGAUCAAAAAGCUCGUCGUCAUCACCGCGGCCCGCAAGAAGCUUCAAGAGCAGCUCGGUAUACCUCCUACUGAGGAAGGAUAUGUUGACUGCGGCAAUCGAUACCUGCUGCUAAACCACGAGCUAGAUUCGACGACUAGCGUUCGACACUACAUGGACGAGAACAUGGGCGGGUCUUCGCUUUUCGCGAACGAGGAGUGGCGGUCGUAG